UUUGGCAUAUGAUAUGAUCGUUGAUGAUCGUCUUAUUUCGGCUUCAAGAAUCACCUCCUAAAUUUCCUGACACCUGUAGCCGAACAUCCUGUGUAUUUUUAAAUAUUAUAUGCAUUCAUUACAUCUCUUUUCCUUGCAACUUCACAUAAAUAUAUAAAAACACGUAGUGACUAAUGGUAUUAAUCCUAUAUUGAUGUUUUCUCUAUGCUAUUUGAUAUAACACGAUGGUGUAAUUAAUGUGGGUUUUGAGUAUUCAGUGUUUCAGAUAACCGGAGGUCCCGAAAUAUUUCAAGUGCCUUACUACAGCAAACUCGAACGAUACAUCCAACUUUUGGGGCAAGAUCCGCGUCAUAAAAGUAGCACUAGAAAUAUUAUUGUAGUAAUAGUAGUGACUAGUAUCGCAAGCAUUACUAUCCCAGCGGUAAGAAAAACACGAUAAUCAUUAUGGUGAAAAGUAAUAAAGCUAACAAUAAGCUAAUGUCAUUAAACAAUUGGGACUUGCAAUCGAUAGACCACAGAGUUACUUGUGUCGUUGCAUAAGAAGGACAUGGAUGGAGUCAUCGAGUGUCUGCCACACUUUGUCACAUCUUCCGCCAGUGUUGUUAAAAUAUUAAAUAUGCAUUUCAACAGGCGAAGUUUUAACAAAAUGUUCCAACUUGUGGCAAAACAAUGGGAACAACUGAAAUUAAAUGGCGAAUUGCACGUUCUGGAGGAAGUCGUCAAGCAAGGCAACAGAAUGGCGCACUUUUAUCGUAACACUCUAAUAUCUUUUAUGGUAUUGUUCUUGCUGGUGCCACUAGUUUCUCCUAUUCUCGAUAUUGUCCAUCCAAUAAACGGAACUCGAACACGCCAACAACUACUAAGAGUUAAUUACAUAUUUUUUAACGACGACGACUAUUUCAUUUACAUAUAUUUACAAUUAUUUUGGAGCUCCGUCGUUAUAGUAUUCACCAUAAUUAGUGCAGACUGGUUAUACAUGCUAAUAAUUCACCACAGUAGUGGAUUAUUUGCGGUUUGUGGAUACCGAGUUCACAAAGCAACUGUGAAUCCAAACAACUUUACUGGUGAAUCUAUGUCUGAGAAUUAUACGUAUGAAAAGAUCCGGAGUUGCGCAAUAAUUCACAAUGAAGCCAUACGAUUUUCAGACAUAUUGAAACAAAGCAGUCAAGGUAGUUACUUAAUUCAGGUUGGAUUGAAUAUGUUGGGGAUAAGCGCAACAGCUGUUCAAACAGUGAUAAACUUAGACAGACCGGAAGAAGCAAUACGAAGUGCAGUAUUUUGUGGGGCUUGUCAAUUUCAUUUACUUUUACUUAGUUUACCUGGCCAGGUGCUUCUGGAUCAUUGUUCUGAUUUAGCAGAUAAUAUUUACAGCUCCAAAUGGUACAAGGCACCCAUGCAGAUUCAAAAAGUACUAUACGUGAUGCAAAUAAGAUGCAAAAGGUUUUGUUCAUUAACGGCAGGUGGAUUGUAUGAAAUGAAUAUAGAAAACUUCGGAAUAACCUUCAAAACGUGCAUGUCCUAUAUUACAAUGAUGAUGUCACCUCAUGGGGUAAUUAAUCUGAGCUUGGAGUAUUUAGUGCGUCAGAAAACCGGGAUCCCCGAAAUACUUCAUGUGACAUACUACAAUAAACUCGAACGAUACAUCCAACUUUUGGGGCAAGAUCCGCGUCAUAAAAGUAGCACUAGAAAUAUGAUUGUAAUAAUAGUGGUGACUAGUAUCGCAAGCAUCACUAUCCCAACGACAAUAGAGCUAUUUGCGUCGUUGCAUAAAAAGGAUAUGGAUGGAGUGAUCGAGUGUCUGUCAUAUUUUGUCACAUCUUCCACCAGUGCUGUUAAAGUAUUAAAUAUGCAUUUCAACAAACGAAAUUUCAGCAAAAUGUACCAACUUGUAGCAAAACAAUGGGAGCAACUGAAAUUAAACAAUGAAUUGCACGUUCUAGAGAAAGUCGUCAUGCAAGGCAACAGGAUGGCGCACUUUUAUCGUAACACUUUAGUAUCUUUUAUGGUAUUGUUCUUACUGGUGCCACUAACUUCUCCAAUUCUUGAUAUUGUCCAUCCAAUAAACGGAACUCGAAAACGCCAACAACUACUAAGAGUUAAUUACAUAUUUUUCAACAGUGAUGACUAUUUCUUUUACAUUUAUUUACAAUUAUUUUGGAGCACUGUCGUUGUGGUGCUUACCAUAGUCGGUGCAGAUUGGUUAUACAUGUUAAUAAUUCAUCACAGUAGUGGAUUAUUUGCAGUUUGUGGAUAUCAAAUUCAAAAAGCAACUGCGAAUCUAAAUUACUUUUCUGGUGAAAAAGAUUCUGAGAAUCAGACGUAUGAAAAAUUCCGAAAUUGCGUGAUGAUGCAUAAAGAAGCCAUACAGUUUUACAAUAUAUUGGACGAAAGCAGCCAAAGUAGUUAUUUAAUCCAGGUUGGAUUAAAUAUAUUGAGUAUAAGCACAGCAGCAGUUCAAACCGUGGUCAACUUGGACAGACCAGAAGAAGCAAUACGAAGUGCUGUAUUUUGUGGCGCUUGUCAAUUUCAUUUGUUUCUACUUAGUUUACCUGGCCAAGUGCUCCUGGAUCAUUCUUCUGAUUUAGCAGAUAAUAUUUACAGCUCCAAAUGGUAUAAAGCACCCGUGCAAAUUCAAAAAGUACUAUACGUGAUGCAAAUAAGAUGCAGAAGGUUUUGUUCAUUGACGGCAGGUGGAUUGUAUGAAAUGAAUAUAGAAAACUUCGGAAUAACCUUCAAAACGUGCAUAUCCUAUAUUACAAUGUUGAUGUCCAUGAAAGAUUGAACAUGCAUUAGCUAUCGAAUGUAAUCUCAUCCACUGUAUGUUAUACACAACUUUACCAAGUAUAAGACUAGUAUAAUAAAUAGCUGACAUGUAAUACUGGACAUAUUGGAUGACAUUGGUGAAUAAAUAUAUAAAACACAUCCUU